AGUAACAGCGGCUCCCCUCCCCCUCUCAUGCGGCGCUGCUGUCCGCUAAUAUUUGUAAACAGCCCCGGGGACCCCCCGCCCCAAAAAUCCUCCCCCUCCCCCCACCCACCGGAGCCACCCCCAUCCAAGAUGGCGGCGGGUGGGAGCGGCGGCCUGUCGUUCCCCGGGGUGGUGGGUAACAGCGCCCCCAGCAACCGCAGCGGAUCCACGGCCUCCUCGUACAACUACAGCGGCGGGGCCUCGGCCUCCUCCCCCGGGAACCAGGCGGCGGUCUCCCCCCCGGCGGCCCCUCCCCCGCCCUCGGCCGCUGCCGCCGCAGCCGCAGGCCUCCUCCACCGGGAGCCCGUGUACAACUGGCAGGCCACCAAAACCACCGUGCGGGAGCGCUUCACCUUCCUCUUCAACAACGAGGUGCUCAGCGACGUGCACUUCCUGGUGGGCAAAGGGCUGGGCAGCCAGCGGAUACCGGCACACAGGUUUGUCUUGGCGGUUGGAAGUGCAGUCUUCGAUGCCAUGUUCAAUGGUGGCAUGGCCACAACAUCCACAGAAAUUGAAUUACCAGAUGUUGAACCAGCUGCUUUCCUUGCACUUUUAAAGUUUCUGUACUCUGACGAGGUGCAGAUCGGUCCUGAGACUGUCAUGACUACGCUAUAUACAGCCAAGAAAUACGCAGUUCCUGCCUUGGAGGCACAUUGUGUUGAGUUUCUCAAGAAGAACUUGCGUGCUGAUAAUGCCUUCAUGUUGCUUACCCAGGCUCGGCUCUUUGAUGAACCUCAGCUUGCCAGCCUUUGCCUCGAAAACAUAGACAAGAACACGUCCGAUGCCAUAAAUGCGGAGGGAUUCACUGACAUUGAUUUAGACACGUUGGUUGCGGUGCUGGAACGAGACACUCUGGGGAUCCGCGAAAUCCGACUGUUUAAUGCAGUGGUGCGCUGGUCAGAGGCAGAGUGCCAGCGGCAGCAGCAGCCCAUCACCUCCGAGAAUAAACGCAAGGCCCUCGGCAAGGCGCUCUCUCUCAUUCGCUUCCCACUUAUGACUAUCGAAGAAUUUGCUGCAGGUCCAGCACAGUCCGGAAUCCUUACAGACCGCGAAGUGGUCAGUCUGUUUCUGCACUUUACUGUAAAUCCGAAGCCCCGCGUGGAGUUCAUAGAUAGGCCUCGGUGUUGUCUGCGAGGGAAAGAGUGCAACAUUAAUCGCUUUCAGCAGGUAGAGAGCCGAUGGGGGUACAGCGGAACCAGUGACCGAAUAAGGUUUUCAGUUAACCGCAGAAUAUUUGUUGUGGGUUUUGCACUGUAUGGCUCGAUACAUGGCCCUACAGAUUAUCAAGUUAACAUACAGAUAAUCCACACGGACAGUAACACCGUGCUUGGUCAGAACGACACUGGUUUCAGCUGUGAUGGGUCCUCCAGCACCUUCCGGGUCAUGUUUAAAGAACCAGUAGAAAUCUUACCCAAUGUAAACUACACAGCCUGCGCCACAUUAAAGGGUCCAGAUUCUCAUUAUGGUACGAAAGGCCUACGCAAAGUCAUUCAUGAGUCUCCCACCACAGGUGCCAAGACAUGCUUCACAUUCUGCUACGCAGCUGGUAACAACAAUGGAACCUCUGUUGAGGACGGACAGAUCCCGGAGAUCAUUUUCUAUACCUAGGUCAGAAAACCAGACUCUCUCUCUCGGAAUAUCAGGCCAAGCCUCCAUCCCUCUGGACUGUGGGUGCUAGGCUUGGGUGGCUUUGGCUGGCCAGUUUGUGAGCCUGGAACAUGGCACCUUUUCUGUGGGAAAUGGGUGAGGGAGCACAACAGACUUUAGUGCGGGAACAGUGCCCCAGUAGUGCCACCCACCAUCCCUGUGCCACUUGGCUAGUCAUUUGCUUUAUCUGCUUUUGGCAUGGCUAAUAAUUUUUGUCCCCUUCCACUUCUCUGCCAGAGACUUACAAUGCCAAAACAGAGAAGCCAAGUGUGCCACCUCAACAGGUAAUGUUUCACUUCGAUGGUAGCUUACUUUACUGGUGGCACCUUAGUCUUUUAGUUGCUACUUUGUUGUUAUGACAGUUACAUUUUUAGUUUCUAAAGAGUUUACAUGGGGAUGACUGAUGCUUUGAGUGGUGUAGAUACAUGGACAUACUUUUAAUUGGUGUGGAUUUAAAAAAACAAAAACAAACUUGUGCAGUGUAUAGAAAUGCAUAUACAAAUGUCUAUCUGAUACUGUAAUGACCAAGUACAGUAGAAGAAUUUGCCACUUUUAUUUAAAAAGUCCUGCUCUGGCUGUGAAGGGAUCAUUUAAAAUAGUAAUUUGUUCAUUUUCAACAAGACAACUAAUUUUCUCUAACAAUUUGUUUUGUCUGUAACAUUUCAUUUCCUGGUGAGUUAGCACUUUGGUCUUGGUGUAUUAUAGCCAAUAUAUUAUUAACAAUAUCCGCUUCUGCCUUCCUCGUUACCUGUGAUACACCAUGUCUCUAACUGUUCCUUUCGUAAUGAAGGGAUAUAAAACCACAUGGGAGCACUUGCGUUAUGAAGGGUAAAACUCAUAAGCUAUCCCUUUUCUGGAAUGUAUUACAUAUUUAAAGCACUUAGCUCUGUAUUUUCCUUCUAAAAUAUAGGAUGAUCAAGAUUCAUUGCAAUCAUUAAUACUCCUGAUAGUUAGGAUGCUAUGCUUAUUAGAUAAAAAGUGAAACUUAACUGCACAAAGCGAGAGUUUCAAUAACUUCUACACGGGGGCAGAAUUGAUCAGGUCACAUGAUCCCAGAAUCCUUUGUAAUUAUCUGAAUGUACAUACAGCGGUGGCCUGCUCUUCAGCCUUGUAAAAAGUAAACGGAAUCAAAGCCCAAACAUUGUGUGUCUGUCUACUUGAAUGUAUUGAAAAGUCUCCCAAGAUGACCAUAUUCACACUCCCACCUCAGCCUGCUUGUGUCUUUGUAAAUAGAAAAGAAUAAAUAUGUGCAACAGGUGA